ACGUGAUCAGGAGAGAGGUGGGAAAACUGCCAGUCAGACGAGCACUACCCAGUAAGCCAGCGAGGGAAGAGCAUCAAGCAAAUGGUAGUGAAUGUAAUCUGUGAAAACUUCAACCUCGGUUGAAACUAGACCUCGUAACAAUAACAUCGAGUCCAGCUCGUCAUCCGGCUUCGUUGCCGGUGACGAAGCAGUGGUUGUAUACACAUUGGUGUAUCAGAUGUGCAGCACACGGUACUACGCAAGGAUGUGCACGAACUGCUUACUAGACAGGCACAAGCUGGUUUUGACUAUUGUCGUUUUGUAUACCCUGGUCAACUGUGUUAGCUGUGAUACCUGUCAGUUUCCGGCAGAAUGGACCGGUACUUGGUUUCAGAAAGGUGUUCAAGAUCCAAUAAGGAUAGAAAACGGUACCAUAUCUACAAAAGGCGUUUGCAGGAAAGCAGACGGUGAUAAAUUUAUUAUCGAAAAUAAGUAUGAUAGGUGUUUUCGUUGUAUGGCACUCUACGAGAAGCACCCAAACGUCAUACAGUAUAAAGAAACUUACUGUUUCCCUACCCCAGACGAAAUCUCCAUAGCUCUUAUAUGCAAGAAGAUCAAUGGGGAUGCACUACUUUUCUCCAUGUUUAGACUGAACACCCCACCUGUUCCGUGUCCUUUCGAAGGUCCUUACGUCUUCAGUUAUAGCCAGGGAGGGCACAAGGAGUGUAGCGAUCCACCCUCCACUGUGGAUACUUGUACAGAAAACUCGAGGCUCCUCUUCAAAUUUCAAGCGUGUCAUUUCGUUCUGGUAUCCGAGAGUAAAACUGAAGAACUACGAUGUCUAGCUACAUGGAAAGAAGGUUCCAAGUUUCUAGUUGGGAGACUCGUCCACAAACACGCGCACUCGGACGAAGAGGAAUUUCGUUGUUUUGUUUAUGAAAAGGUUGAAGAUGAAGACAAAUACCUGAUUUCCCAGUCUGGAGAUGCCACUUGUGAUGGAAUGUUUUCAGCAACAGAAGGGUCCAGAACCAUGAAACUAACUAAAGUUAACUACUCUCACGACCGUUGCCAGUUUCCAAGUUGGAUGGUAUGCUCUCCUGAAUGGAAGACUCUCAAUGGUUUACAAACCUAUAAUUUAACCGAAGAAAACAAUUCGUACAAUAUCUAUAAUGCUACUUCAGGUAAACUGGUCACAAAAGUGCUGUGUUCUAGAGAAGAUCAAAAAACUGUAACUUAUACUCAAUAUGUUGUGCACGUGACAUCAGACUGCAAUAUUGGUUAUUCCUGUCUUAGGAUACAUCAGCGAGCACCUCACGUUGUUGAAAUGCAAACUGGUAAGGUCGUCAAUAAUGAAGCAGAAGCCUGUAAUAAUUUUGAUCCGCUCUCUUCAGAUUUCGUAACCCUUACCAGUGUAAUGGCGAAACCAAGGGUCUGUCCUCUAGUGGGAAUUUACUUUCUGGAAGGAUCACAUGUCCAGUUAGCUCACUACCAUUCCCCAGAAAUUGUGACCACGUCAUGUUCGGAAUACGCCAUUUUAACUUCAGGAUGCUCAAUGGGGGAAGACAGGAUGGAUUUACUACAAGAAUGUGCCUCUAGCAAAAGGACACUUGGUUUCAAUUGUCAUGGAAACUGGGAAGAGAAUGGUACACAUUAUGUCAUUGUAAGCUCCACAGGUGCUAAAAAUCAUCUGUGUAUAGCAUAUACAGAAAAUGAAAAGUCUUUGCAGUUUUCGGGUAGUUUGGAGACUUGUCCGAGGAACAUACAAUUAGGAAGGGAUGGGUUAAUUGCUCUAAAUGGUACAAACAGAGGAUUAUGUCAAGAUAAUUCUGCACCAAUCAACCAUAUCACAUCUGUGACAAUGUUGUUCAGUGUAUUGCUCACAUUUAGCCUCGUUUCCCACUGUUUUCGGUGAUACCUUGCUCCUUUUACUGAUUUCAGUAGAAGGGGGAAACAAUUUCAAAAAAUAAUAAUAACCUGUUACGAAAAAUGAAUUUAGGUGAUGGUACUGCAGGGACAAACUACCGUUCCCACCGAAUUUAAAAAGAAAAAAAAAGGGCCUUUCGCUUCAUAAAAUGUUAAUUUCUGUGGUCACAACUGUUAUUGAAGCUGUGAAUUAAUUAUUAUUAUCAUUUUCAUCUGAGACAUGCUAAACAAAAAGGAUUCUUAAUUUUGGGAACAAAAAUUUCGAUCAUGAAUGUAAUGAGACAGGAAUCAGGUCCGGAGUCGGAAUGCGGAGCGGGAAACGUUUCUCGACGCUAACGGGUUGUACAGCUGCUUCUCUUACAAAAAUUACAAAACACAAAGCAACUCAGAGAGAUAUGUGGAGGUUAUUGGUGACCUGUAUUUGCUGCCUUAGGAUAUAACUUUACACUGUUAUCAGCUCACCGUCUGUAUAUAUAAAUAAAAAAAAUAAACAAAUAAAAAAAAAUAUAUAUAUAUAUGACGACUGCAAUGGUAGAAACAAUCCCUUUCAGUUCCUUCAGAAAAUGGGAUUGACGAUGUUAUCAUAUGUAGCAAAUUGGUGCCUUCAAAAGCCUGUUUUUCAUCUUGUAUGAAGGAAACAUAUAUGAAAAAAAAUGACGAUGACUUAGAAGAAAAAAUUAAUUGUAAAAAUUUGUUUCAUCUGAAAAAACAAAUCAUUGCAAUAAAGCUGUAGAUGUUUUUUGCUUUAUGAUGAUGAAA